AUGGGCGAAGGGCCAAAGCAUGGUGUUUACGUGGGAAAGGCCAGAGACGUGACCUGUCCCGGAGAUCACGUCACGUACGAGUUCGUGGUUUACACCAGCCACAGGUGCAGCUUGGAAUGCAUUCCAGAGAAGAACUUCUUCCAUGGAGGACAACCGCCGUGGAAGUGCGAAGGCAACUACGAGGUGGACGAGGAUGAUAUUGUCAUGGAGGUUACCCAGCAGGACGUGACUGGACCACGGCGUGACAGCGAUGUGCACUUGGAGAUAUCUGGCAAUGACGUGACGUUUCGAAAGACACGGCUAGCUUGGGUUGGAGGACCACCCGCCUUGCCUUCACAGGAUCCGGUGAAGCUGAAGAAGGCACAACUUCAGAAAGAAGAAGAGGAAGCUGCCCGGCGAAAGCUGGAACUGGAAACCGCACGAGAGGAGAUGGACAAGGAACGUGCCAGACAGGAAGAACUAGCACGGAAGGAGAAGGAGGAGUUGGAGCAGCUGAGAGAGGAACUUCGGCGACAGAGGGAAGCACAAGAGGCAGAGGCUGCAAAGCGACGAGCAGACCUGGAGAAGCAGAAGGAAGAGCUAAGAGCAAUUGAAGAGGAGAAGGCUCGCUUAGCACGUUUGCGACAAGAGGAGUUUGAGAGCCAAGAGGCCCAUGAGCGAGAGGCGAAGCAGGUGCAGGAGGAACUGAAUCGUCAGCGCGAAGCUUUGAAAGCCUUGGAGCGAGAACGCGAAGAACUCAAAGAGCAGAAAGAGAAGGAAGCACGACAAAAGCAACUGCAACGAGAGGAACAAAAGCAUGAAGCUGCCCAAAUGGCAGCAGAGGGGUCCAGCAGCGGAGCGUGGAAAAUGUCGACCAGGAUCAGAGUGCCUGACUAA